UAGAAUAUAUUGUGCCAGGACCAGAAAAGUAGCUAGAUUAUUCUAUGCUAUAAAGGGUCAUCACAAUAUGAAGCUUAAGGGCAUUUAUAAUUGAAACAUAUACACUCUGAUACAGAAAAUGAGUCAAGUUGUUGUAUUGCCCAGGCUUGUUGAGUUCCGAUCAAAAUAUGCCUACAGUAAGUACUUAUUGCGAUAUGUAAAGGAAGAGGGGCAGAAGAAGGGGUUAGUCCAGUUCUCUGGUGAAGAUGUAGGCAGUGCAGACGCGAAGUUCGAAGUCGAAAAAUCAGAAAGUGGGGAUGGAUCGGUGCACAUAAGAAGCUGUUACAACAACAAAUACCUGCAGCUGGUGGACUACGACAACUGGAUUGCUCCCAGAGCAGAAAAGCCCGACGAAGACCGAUCCAAGCGUUCGUGUACUCUGUUCAGGCCUACUUCUGUGGGCGGGGAUUCCAGAACAAUCAGACUUACCAAUGUUUAUCUUGGAACUUAUCUGUUUAUGUGGCGAACAGCUUCGCCCUAUUAUGGAUGCGUGUACUCAUGCAACUCCAAUCCAGAAGCCGAUUCCUGCGACGUGUUUAGUGUCAUUGAUUGGCAGUCACUGGUGCUACUUCCCAAAUAUGUGGCCUUUAAGGGUGAUAACGAUAAAUUUCUCAGUCCCAUAUGGUAUGAAGGUCAUAGUUAUCUUCAGUUUUCGGAAAGUAAAGCUGAUGAUUUAAUGGUGGUGGGGAACGAGAUAGUCCGGAUCACUUCUGAUGGUAACAUUCGCAUUCGUAACAUGUUCAGGGACAGAUACUGGUGUUUAAGCCCAAACUGGAUUUGGGCGGAUUCAACAAAUUCGUCGAAUAAUGACACACUAUUUGAGCCAAUUAAAUGCAGUAAUGACACAAUCGCUCUGAGGAACAUGGCAAACAAGUUAUUCUGCAUCCGUCUGAGCACCGAAGGAAAAAUUAACUGCCUUAAUGCCGGCUCUUCUACAAUCAAUAUUAGCACGGCCAAAUUUAAGGUCUCGGAGCUUAUCAUUUCAAGGAAGAUUGAUAAUAUCAGGUUCCGGCUCAUGGAUUCGAGGGUAUACGACGAGAAGAUGCUGGUGAUGGUCAGUUCCACCUACACGAACCGAGGCAAUUCGACUCAGGAGCAGACAAUUCAACUCUCAUACACAAAUAAGAGGUCAAGCUCAUGGAACAAUAGUCUCUCCUUGACCACCAGUGUCGAGGCCACGAUCACCGCAGGCAUACCAUUCAUCGAAGAAGGCAAAGUUACCGUUGGUGCUGAGAGCUCUGCACAGCAUGCCUGGGGAGAAAUUGUGGAAUCCGAGGAAAAUGUGACCAUUAGCUACAAGGUUUCGAUACCACCAAGGACAAAGGUGACUGUGAGAACUGUGACAACCCGCGGUGUUUGUGAUGUCCCCUUUAAUUAUGACCAGCGUGACGUCCUCUACACGGGGAAAACAGUUGUGACCAACAUGGAUGACGGAGUUUUCACGGGCGUGAAUAACUAUUCUUUCUACACUGAAGAGAAAGAGGAGCCCCUGGAUAAUAAUAAUCGAGGUAGAACUGCUACAGGAUUCAGGAGGGUUGCUAAAGUGUCACGCACAGGUGUGAUAACUCGUCUCAAAUGAUCUGAAUCAAGGUGGCUUUCGUGAUGUUGGAUCAGUACUAUUACUCUAAGCUAUGCUUUUUAUUACUACUAAAUAAACAAAGACUGUAUGUCAGGAUUGCUAUCCUAUGAAAUAUAGCUAUAAGUUGUGCUGUUGGGGCCAGGACCGUCUGGUAUGGUAAUAUCUUUUAGAUGGUAUGUGCAUAAAUAAGAAUGAGUCCUCCAAGAUUAUUAAUCAAUAUAUACCAGUAGUUUUUAUUUAAUGCA